AUGGAAGAUGACGAUUUGGACGCGCUGAUAAUCAACUACUACUAUGCGACCUAUGUAGUAGUUUCUGUUUCUACCAAUGUCCUGCUUAUUUUCCUCGUCAAGUACAGGAGCCCACACAGUCUGCAGAGCUUCAGGAUCCUCCUGAUCAACACAGCUGCGAAUCAAAUUAUUGUGGCCUUAGUUGAAACUUUUCUCCAAGCAAGAUUGCUCCCAUCAAAUGAUGUCUUAGCUCUGCUUCCUGUCGGACCUUGUCGCCAUUUUGGACCAAUGACUUGCUAUGUUGCUUACAACGUUGUGAAUGCUGCGAACGUCAACGUUGCGAUAUCUGUGCUCCACUCAAUGUACUUCCGAUAUCGCUUGAUCAAGACUUCCCAGUUGUCCAAGAGGAAGGUGCAAAGAAAUUUGCUAAUCUCCUCCAUCUUACCGUUGCUAAUUUUGGUAAACCCCCAUAUACCACCUUAUCACUUCGAUGUGGUCAUGAAUGUUACAAUUCAAAGUCAUCCAGAGUAUGACCUGGAAAAAUAUGGGCCAUUUGGAGGUUUCCAUUCAGUGACGGCUCCACUCCAUUUUGCCAACUCGGCCAUUCUUCUUGCUAUCGCUAUCACUCUACCUACCGUUAUUUUAUACUGGAGAUCCCUCAUCCUAAAAGCCCUCAAUGAAUCAGGUGAAUCAUUUAGCGAGAGAACUAAGAAGAACUCAAGAAUACUAUUGAAGGCUUUGACGGUACAAGCUCUCACGCCUCUCGUCUGCUAUGUACCGAUCGGGUUUCUCUACUUUGCAUCACAGUUUAGCGGACAUCGUUUUGUAUUUGUAGAAUAUUUUCUGGCAAUAUUUACGACAUUGCCGUGCGCUAUCGAUCCAAUACUUACUGUUUAUUUUAUCACACCUUAUAGGAACUGGGUUGCCCGACAAAUUCGCAAAAAUAUGGUAGAGAAAACGUGGGCAAAAUCGCGAUUCAGAAUUCAAAAGAAUAGCUCGAGCAGUGUGACUAUCAUAAAAGCGUAA